AUGCAUAACGAACAUGUCAGUGAAAAUAAUCGACUGCACAAAUUAUGGCAUCAUCGCUGGUUUAAAAUUAUUUGUAUCUCAUUUAUUGUGAUAAUAAUAUUAGCAGUUACACUUUCUAUAAUAUUAAAAUAUGUCAUACUUGCACCAAAGAAGGAUAUGACUAUCACAUCAACAACAUCGUCAACAACAUCAUCAUCAACAACAAAUACACCUUUAACAACGGUUACAACUACAAGCAUGCAGUCAGGUAAGCUGUACACAUAUGCUGCUUAA